UAGAUUAGCUAGAGAAAAAUGAAUCAUCCUUGUUCAUUAUUGAUGGUAGUGGCAGUUUUAGUUUAUGCAAUUUUGGUUGGAGGGCAGUUGGGUUAUGCUCAGCUCACUCCAACAUUUUAUGGUCAGAAUUGCCCAAAUGUCUCCUUUCUUAUACGUGAAGUCAUUCAGGAGGCCAUGCUAACUGAUCCCAGGAUCGAUGCCAGCCUCAUCAGGCUUCAUUUCCAUGACUGCUUUGUUAAUGGGUGUGAUACAUCAAUUUUGUUGGACACCACUAAUACUAUGAAGGGUGAGAAAGAAGUUCUUGGUAAUAAGAACUCAGCCAGAGGUUUUGAUGUUGUUGAUAAAAUGAAGGCUAGGUUGGAGACGGAAUGUCCUGGCACUGUAUAUGUCACUAUCAUUAUACUCUAUAGCUUUACUAAUGUAAUUAAGGUUGCAGGCAGGAGGUCGACUAAUCUACUUCGAAGAAGAGAUAGCUUAACAGCAAACAGAACUCAAGCUAAUAUUAACCUUCCAAGUCCCUUUGCGUCCCUUGAUGAGCUCAAGGCCAAUUUCACUGCCGUAGGGCUCAAUACUACUACCGAUUUAGUUGUCCUGUCCGGUGCUCACUCGUUUCGAGAAGCUCAAUGUCGAACGUUUAGGGGUAGAAUAUACAACUCUCCUGAGCUACCAUUGAACUCAACCUACAAUGCAACACUUAGCAAAAUUUGCUCACAAAAUGGAACUACUGAUGAUAAUUUGAGGACCCAACUUGAUUCUACAACACCUAAUGUGUUUGAUAAUAAGUAUUUCUCUAAUCUUCAAUUUGCCAGAGAUCUGCUGGAGAGUGACCAAGUUCUAUUUUCAACCCCUGACGCUGACACUAUUGAAAUUGUUAACAAUUUUAUUGCUAAUUGAUAUUAACAGUCCAAAAUCCAAGACGAUUAGUCAAAAUUACGUCUAGCGUGACAGUAAAAA